AUGACACGCGUGUCCGUGCGAAAGGUGGUGGUGACCGUGCCUAAGGACGAUAAUGCAAGUUUGAUGGUGUGCGAGGAGGCUUUGAGGUUCAAUACGCAUCACGACAUGGUCAUCACCGACGACGAUGAGGGGGACCUCUCGUGUCUUGGAAUUCUCUCCCUCUCCCUCUCUCUCGAUUUCGUCAUGAGAGUCUGGCUCACCACAAAUGAGGCUCUGCUCCGUGAGGCACAAGAGGACGGGAUGAGUGAGCGGAAGGAACUCAUGGCCUCCGGAUGUUUACACCUCACACGAGCUGAGCAAGUAUCUUAG